AUGACGAUGCUGGUUUAUUUCCUCUUCUUUUUGCUGGUGAAGGGUGAUUUCUUCCAGAGCUUCUUUGGCCAUCAGCGUGCGCCAGAGCAGUUUGACUACCAGAGUAAGCAGCUGAACACAGACUGCUCGCAGUAUCUGUGUCCCGAGACUUUUGCCUGCGUGGCAAGCCCUGUUGACUGUCCGUGUCCGUUCCCAGACUCGCAGGAGAAGUGCGUACUCGACAAGAAAAACUACGUGUGCAUAGCCAAGAUGGACAAGAAGGAGCUACGGGACUUCAAGGGAGAAGUCAGAGACUGCAAAUGGGUCCAGAAACAUUGGAGACAAUGA